AUGGCCUCAGCAGCGACCAUCGAAUACGCCUCAGAUGCACCAAAACCCAUCCCAUACUCCCGUCUCGCAAAGCAUCAUCUUUUGCCGUCGGACACCCCAGACUAUCUCAGGUUGAUCCUGACCUCCAAAGUCUAUGAGAUCCUCAAGGAGACGCCGCUUGUGUACGCCACCAAUCUCAGCGCAAAACUAGGAAAUCAAAUCUGGCUCAAGAGGGAAGAUCUCCAAGAAGUAUUCAGCUUCAAGAUUCGUGGUGCAUACAACUUCAUGGCAAGCCUUUCUGAGGAGGAAAGGUGGAAAGGUGUUGUCACAUGUAGUGCUGGAAACCAUGCCCAAGGUGUUGCGCUUUCUGGAGCCCGGUUGGGCAUUCCCUGCACUAUCGUGAUGCCUCAAGGCACACCUGAUAUCAAGGUCCGAAAUGUCGCGCGCCUAGGUGCGAAAGUUGUUUUACAUGGAAUGGACUUCGACGAAGCCAAAGCUGAAUGUGCGCGAUUGGCAUCUGUUCACGGUCUUGUUUUCGUUCCUCCCUACGACGACCCGCUUGUUAUUGCCGGUCAAGGAACCGUCGGGAUGGAGAUCUUGAAACAACUUCCCGACUCUGAUCAACUCGCUGCAAUCUUUGCCUCAGUAGGUGGUGGCGGUCUCGUUGCUGGUAUCGCGGAAUAUGUCAAGAGAAUAGGCAGUCCCAAUACCCAAGUGAUCGGCAUCGAAACCAUUGACGGAGAUGCUAUGGCCCGAAGCCUCGAGAAAGGCGAGCGUGUUACAUUACAUGAAGUUGGUCCAUUCAGCGACGGAACAGCUGUCAAGAUCGUCGGGGAGGAACCCUUUAGAAUCUGCAAAAAACUCCUCGACGGCGUCGUUAAAGUUGAUAAUGAUGAAAUUUGCGCCGCCAUCAAAGACAUAUUUGAAGAAACUAGAUCUAUUACAGAGCCCGCUGGCGCUUUAGCGCUUGCUGGUUUAAAGCGUUAUAUCAUUCAGAGCAAUCUCAUCGGCGCACAAAAGAAGUUCGUGGCAGUGGUGAGCGGUGCCAAUAUGAACUUCGACCGUCUCCGCUUUGUUGCAGAACGUGCAGAAUUGGGAGAGGGGCGUGAGGCUCUUCUCAGCGUGGAUAUUCCAGAAAGACCUGGCAGCUUCGUUGCCUUGCAUUCUGUCAUCCAUCCUCGUGCAGUAACGGAAUUUGUCUACCGGUAUAAUAUCUCUGGCGACCGUGCACACAUCCUGCUUUCUUUCAAUUUAGCAUCCACAUCACGUGAGCUAGAGGUCCGCGAAGUCUUGACGGCUCUAGAAGAUGCCGACAUGAAAGGCCACGAUAUAAGCAACGACGAGUUUGCAAAAAGCCAUAUCAGAUACAUGAUUGGAGGUCGCCAAACUGUCGCGAAUGAGAGAAUAUUCAGAUUUUCUUUCCCUGAACGACCGGGAGCACUGCGCAAAUUCCUGUUGGGUCUCCACAAAGGCUGGAAUAUUUCUCUAUUCCACUAUCGCAAUCACGGGGCAGACCUGGGGAAGAUACUGGCUGGCAUCCAAGUUCCUCCAGGGGAUUCAGUCGCCUUUGACGAGUUCCUUCAGAAACUAGACUAUCCAUACGUAGAAGAAACCGAGAACAGCGUGUACAAACGAUUCUUGCGGGGAUGA